CCCAAUCUCCCGAUGCCUUCUCAUAUCUCGUCUCGACUUCUUCUUCCCAACGAGCACAAUGUCUGCUUCCAUCGUCUCCCCCCCAUCCCGCCACCCUUCGUCGUUCCCGGCCCGACUGCCGAGCCGGCAAGCUGGGCCGCGGCUUCCAAACCGGCCGAGUUCGAUCAAAUCCGCGGCCUCGAGGAGACGCGCCUACGGUUGGGAGUACAGCGGCGGCGGGCUGGUGGACCAGAGCAUGAUCGUGCUGAGGAAGAGGAUCCACGAGAUGAAGAUGGCGGAGACCAAUUACGAGGCGCCGUCGGAAUGGAUGGACUGGGAGAAGCGGUACUACACCAGCUACCACGCCGACGUGUGCGAGAUCCUGUGCCUUCUGCAGACGCUGCUGAUGGACACACGGCCCAGCUUGGCUAUCGGGAUGAUUGCCGUCGUCGUGCUAAGCGUGCCCACGUCUGCCAUCUUCAUCGCCUUCCAUCUGAUGGCGGCCGCGAACUCGAUCCUGACCGGAACGCACCUCGGUUGAUCGAGGUUUUCGUGUUCCAUCUGUGUCCUACGAGUCUUAGUUUGACGCAUCUGUAGCAUAUUUUUAUUCUUUCAUCCUGCCAUGUAUACGAUCGAAUGCUUCAGCAAACGCUAAUUAUUGGUGGUCUCUCAACAAUUAUUAUUUGUGACU